GGUUGUCCAGACAAAUGCUCAGGAAAAGGCCGCUGUGUGAAUGGAACAUGUCGCUGCAUCAAUGGAUGGACCGGAGAAAGCUGUAACAAAGGUAUUUUAAGACGUAUUGAUAAAUUAAAGUGCACCCUCUAAGCAUUAAACGUUUAAGCGAAAGACGACUCGUAUUCUGUUAGAUGGCGUCGUUUUCCCCUCAAACCGGUGGAGCCACGAGGUGAUAAUUACUGGCCAUACAUUCAUGCAUGUUGGGAAGCAGUUUGAACACAUUAAAACUGGAGCGAUUUUAGAUAUCUAUUUCUGAGCCCACUCUGCCAGUCAUCAUAGCCCGUGGGUUGACAUCAGGCCUAGAAACACCACCAAAACAACUCCGAAUUCUGCGGGCUUAAUAACCAGUUUUAAUUUUCUUUUUUUUAAUUUAAAGUUUAUGCAAACCCGCGGGAAAAGACGUGAACGGAAUGGGGAGAGGGAAGACCAGAAACGUCGUCAUUUGUCCUUUUUGCUUCUCGCGCAUCGUGCCUUUGUUGCUCACGCGGUUCGCCUUGCCUGUGGAUGUCCUUUCCCUUUCCCAGGAUAAAGGAAAGGAAUGCUCCUAUUACAGACAAGUCCUUAUUUCUUCGGUCAGUUAUAAAGUACUUCGCACCUUAACCCUCGGAAGUACAAAGGGCGGGGGGAUAAUUUACCAAGAAGAUUUUAUGUGGACGUUUGUCCAUUUCAGUAGCUGCUCUUGGGGUUUGCAUGUACUUUCGUUCGAGGAUUAAGCAUGUUAUGUUAAUAAUAUUCUGUUGUCAACGUCUGUAGGUUCUUGUCAAAAUUGUUCAACCAUCCAUGGGAACUGUGUAAAAGGAUUUUGUGUAUGUGAAUUGGGCUGGGAAGGACAAAGCUGUGAGUUGAAAGGUUAGAGCAUUCAUACAUGUAAAAAGUCCUGUACUUGGAAAACCUUCCCCCUGUCUCAAUUUACAACAUGCAUUAUUUGCGAGGUAUAAUCAAAAGUUAAAACAAGCGAACAAUGGGUACCAUUUUAGCCAUACUGUGCAAAGCGUACUUUUGCAUUGAACAACUUAUAAGUAUUUUUAACUCCUUUCACUUCAAAAAAAGCUAGGCAAGGGCCUUUUAUGAGAAAUCACCACCACAUCACAAAGAGUGACUUUCGACCAUAGAACUUGACGAUUAUUUGACAAAGUCGGACCAACGUUUUUACAACUUAACUCAAGCACAAUACUAGUUAUUCCAAAAUAUUACUUUUCUUUUAUAUUAUGAUAAUUACCCCAAUCUACCUUGAUUACAUCGACGGAAUGGAAAGAACUUUAACUUACCUUGAUGCGAGGCAAUGAGGGCCAAUGAUCGCCUUAAAAGUAUAACUAAAUUUGUCGCCAUUUAGAAUUAGGUGUGAAUAGAUUUCAAUGUAAGCCGACCUUUCUCUCAUGACCAUCCCUUUUGACCUUCGUAAAUGUCUCUUGUGGUCUUCUACAUAGCGGUUAUUUCCGCAUUUAAACUCAACGACCAGUUAUAUGGUUACUCCUGAAUUAAAUUGCCAAAAAUUAUGUGCUGGAUACUCCAUUUUGACCGCUCUCAAUUGUCCAUAACAUGGAUGUCUAAUAUCAAGACGAACACAAUUUGUAAUGCCUGUGUGAGACAUUUGACAUCGGUCAACGUAAAUGGGUGGACGUGCAUUUUUUGUCAACAAAAAUUUCCCGCAUCCAGAGAUAACCAAAUUUUCUUACCCAUGGUGCUCCGCUGCGCGUGAGAGAGCUCCCCUAACAACUUAGUAAAUAAUUCAUCGAACAGAUAAAGAAAUUUUAAUAGGUGUUUAAAUAACUUAAAAUAGUUUUUCUAGAAUGGGGUAGGAUGAAAUUAAUGUGAUUUUCUUAAUUAGCUACUUGUCACAACGUUAACAACUGCACAAGUCCUGUCCACGGCGCUUGCAAGAAGACGGAUAUUUGUCAGUGCAAUCAAGGAUACGUCGGUAAGUACAGUAAUACGUCGAUAUGACAGUCAUAGUAUUAUAACAGCAGUUCCAGAGCUUUAUGUAAUCUUAAUGGUAGUCAUUAUUGUAGCCAUAAAUCAUACUUAUAAUCGUCCUGAUUUGUAAUCUAAAUCAUAACAAUUUUAAGGAUUAAGUAUCACUGAUUAUAUUUAGCAAUUAUUGAAUGGGGCUGAGUUGAGAAAUUAUGCAAUUAAAAAAUCGGACUGUAAAGAGUUUAAACCGCCCAAAAUUGCAGACGAAGCCCUUUCAAUUUUUAGCAUUCUUUAGGUUGGAUCCCAUAAUUUUGGCAUAGAUUGGUCACGUGGCGCCGAGCUGCAAAGGACUUUUUAUUAAAAGGAUUAAAGACUUCUUGAAUAUUUUUAAAUUCCAAAGUCUCCUAGCCUCCUAGCCUCCCGACCCGCGCAGGCGUUCUUAGGGCAGUCGUCACGCGGCAGUAACGCGUGAUGAACCCCUAAGAACGUCUGCGUGGGAGGCUAGAAGUCUCCCAGCCACUUUGAUUAUCAUCAGCAACAAUAUUGACGUUUGACUUGAUGUGUUAUAUGAAAAGGGAAAAGGUUAAGAAUCGCUCAUAGGAUAGGCUUUCUUAAGGUGGCUCGACUGGAUUUUUCGGGGUGGAUACCUCCCAAGUUUGAGCAUUAACUACGUCGGCAUGAGUAAAGAUAUGGGAAAAAAGUUACCACAACUGUAUUAUAUAAAGAUGAAAAUUUCUUAUGAUCUGGGUUUAUUGCAAUCGGAGUCGCCAUGGCAACGUAAUGACGCCAUUACGUUUUUCAUUUAUCGUUGUGUUUCUCUGUACCAGGAGUUUUUUGAAGAAAUCGCUUAAGGGAGUAUGUACCUACCAUAAUUACCUCCAUUAUGGCAAAGUUUAAAGAAAUUCUGUGGGAGCGUUUUCGAAAUACUUUGAAAUGCAGUUUUAAGAAUCAUCAAAGCAGUGAAACAGCAUGCUAUCCACACAAUUGGCUAAUAUUUUAAGAAAAUGAUAAGCUUUGGAAUCGCGGCCUCAUCUCAAGUGGUUUGAUUCCAUUGAAAACUGCAUACAAAAAAAGAGGGGAAUUGCUCUGGGCGAUCACGAGUAAGAAGAAUUUUAUUAACUUACAUUCAGCUGCUUUUGAUACAGUUUUUGGACGUAAUUUGGUCCAUGCCUAAAAAUUUCGCAUUUUUCCAAAAACCGCUCGAUAAAUUUUUGUAUAAAUUCGACAAUCCCGAGAUGAAUCGUCAAAAAAUAUUCCCUGCAAGUUUCAAGAACAUUGAAAACAGGGAAGGCUUUUAAAUAGGGCCUCAAACAUAACCAAUCCCCCCCCCCCCAGGAUUUUGUGUUUACAAGUGAGCGUCCUAAUUAUUCACCGGCAGUGUUUUCAAGUUUCAUAUGCACGUGCACAACUAGCAAUAGAUAUAAAUUUGCAUAAAAAAGAACUCUCGAUUACUUUCCGAAGAAAUUUCCGGAAUAUGCUAAUAACUGGCUUGUCGUCACAGAUAGCAGUGAGAGCCGAAACGGUGAACGUCACGGCUCAUCGUGUAGGAUGCAAUACUUAAUUAUCCUACUCGGGUUAUAACAUCACAGAAACUCUCACAAAGAGUUGCUCUGAUGUUAUAAUGUAUCACUAAUCUCUUUACCCAGUAAUUAGCAUAUCCCGGAGAUUUAACCGAGGGUCCUUUUUGAUGCAAUUUCUAUCUUUUUGCUAAGUGUGCACGUGUAUAUGAAACUUGAAAACAAUGCCAGUGAAUAAUGAGGACGCUCGCUUGUAAACACAAAAUCUGGGGGGAAAAUUGGCUAUAUUUGAGGCCCUAUUUAAAAGCCUUCCCUGUUUUCAAUGUUCUUAAAACUUGCAGGGAAUAUUUCUCGACGAUUGAUCUCGGAAUUGUCGAAUUUAUAAAAAAAAAAUUAUCGAGCGGUUUUUGGAAAAAUGCGAAAUUUUUAGGCAUGGACCAAAUUACGUCCAAAAACUAUCAAAAGCAGCUGAAUGCAAGUUAAAAAAAUCCUUCUUACUCGCGAUCGCCCAGAGCAAUUCCCCUCUCUUUUUGUAUGCAGUUUUCAAUGGAAUCAAACCACUAUGAGAAGAAGCCGCGUUCCCAAAGCUUAUUAUUUUCUUAAAAUAUUAGCGAAUUGUGCGGCUAGCAUGCUAUUUCACUGCUUUGAUGAUUCUUAAAACUGCAUUUCAAAAUAUUUCGAAAACGCUCUCAUAGAAUUUCUUUAAACUUUACCAUGAUGGAGGCAAUUAUGGCAGGUACAUACUCCCUUAAGCGAUUUCUUCAAAAAAACUCCUGGUAUAGAGAAACACAAAGAUAAAUGAAAAACGUAAUGGCGUCAUUACGUUGCCAUGGCGACUCCGAUUGCAAUAAAACCUAGAUCAUAAGAAAUUUUCAUCUUUAUAUAAUACAGUUGUGGUAACUUUUUUUCCAUAUCUCUAUUCAUGCCGACGUAGUUAAUGCUCAAACUUGGGAGGUAUCCCCUUAAAAAAAUCCAGUCGAGCCACCUUAAGUUGAUUUUGAAGGAGACGAGAGAAGUCCGCUUGACAAUGUUGGUAUGUUGGAAAAUUAUUGAAGUAUUUUGGUCUACUAUUGCAAAAUAACUGAGGUUGCUAUGGAAACGUAACAGCACACUCAUAUUUUAAUGUUUUUGAGUUGAUGGAGUCUCAAAUAUUUAGUACAUUACGGGAAAUUAACUGAUACCGAUGUUUUAUGUCCUAAGGUGUUGGUUGCAGCAUUGUGCCUACUUGUCACAAUGUGUCAAAUUGUUCAGGGAACGGGCUCUGUAUCGAUUUUGGUGCCUGUCAUUGUUAUAAAGGUUGGACAGGAAGUAAUUGCACUGAAUACUCGUGUGAACGGUUCGAUUAUUGUUCAGGUAAAGUUUGUAUUCUGGAUUUACUUCUUUAGAUGGGAUGUAAUUUGUUUAAAAUUAUUAUGGAGGUGUCUCAUAUGACUCGUUAUAAGAUUGAAGGACAUUAAAAACCUAAGAACCUGUAUGAAGGUUCAGUAGAAGGUCAGUUGAAGGCCAGCAAGGAUAUAAAAAAACUGGUUCAUGAAACAACGUUUUUCAAUGGUUCUCAGAAUAAAUGAGCUUCUUUUUGUUUAAAACGCGUAGCAUUCAAGCAUAAUUAAGCAGUUUUAAUUUCUCUCUAAUUUAAUUUUAGCAAAUUGGAAACGUUCUGGUAAGAUAUUAAUUUUUUUUGACGUAUAUGACACCUUUUCUUUGCAGUAUUUUGCUUGGCUUGAGUUUGUAAUUUUUUUCGUUUUCAAACAGUCAAAGUGGAUCAGAAAAGAAUUGAUCUGUCAAAGUGCACCUGUUACCCUGGGUCCGGUUCCUCGAAAGAUGGUUACGUUUAACACAGGAUUAAGCCAAAUUUUAAGCAAGUAUGCAACUCGAGCUUACAAAAUACUGUAAACAGCUGACUGUUGGGCCUUUACUCUGAGAUAUGGUAAUGAUAACACAAAAUGCUACUUGGAAUUUUCUAUUGUUUUAAAGCUCAAGAAAAAUGAAAAUUGCGACGGCUAUACACACAUAUGCUGCAAAUGAAUCCACCCUUCGUUUCUCCUUUUUGUUAUUAUUAUUACUAUAAUUAUUAUUAUUAUUAUUAUUAUUAUUAUUAUUUAUUCCCCUUGAGUAAUGUGUGGUUGUUUCUCAAAGAGCGUGGUCGCUGCGUGGCACUAGACACUUGCGCCUGUGAUUUUGGCUGGACUGGCGCAAGCUGUGCUCUUCCUGAUUGUUCAGCUGUGGAUCAGUGCUCCGGGAAAGGAGAGUGUGUUUCCAGCAACCAAUGCCGAUGUUACCCAGGAUUCGUGGGGGCAAGUUGCAGUAAAGUGGCUGACUGUAGUAUAUUUGCAAACUGUAGCGGACACGGUACUUGCCUUUCCAUGACGUCAGGGAACGCAUCAUGUAGGUAUGGAAGUCGAGUAAUGUUGUUGUUGUUUAUUUAUUUAUUUAUUGCUUUUAUUUUGUUUCUUUGUUUGUUUUUCUGGAGCAAAAUUUGCUAGUUUCGGAUGCAAAAUGUGCUAAGUUUCGAUUAAAAAAAUACAAGAGAAAUUGUCGUAUUAACCUUCAAUUGUUAAAUUUGGCCUACAACCAGGCUUAUUAAGUGUGAUAAUGAGCAGAGUUUCACUAUUUGAUCACGAUGUUUUACCCGGUAUGUCUAAAUCCACAAGAAGAUUUUGUUUCCUUUUCUUUGACUGUCUGUGUAUUGGCAAGCAUUACCAUUUACACAUGCAACUGAAGAAUUAUCAGUGAGCUUGCGCAACAGGAUGGCAGAAAGAAGAGGACAGCAAAACGUGUGACGAACGUGACAGGCCUCUAACUUGCGUGUUUUGUCGCGAUCUUCCAUUAACAUUACUAAGAUCAGUUUAAAAAGGUGAAGUUUGGCGGAAAAUUUUUUCAAAUAUGAUUAUUGACACGCUUACCACACAGGUUUUGCCGUCUUCUUUCCUCUCCCGUCCUGUUCCUCAAAUUCAGGCAAGAAAACGUGUUCUUCCUUAGCAUACCAAAGAAAACAAAGAAACCACUAAGAGUCACAUGUGUCUAAUAUCUGGCUUUUAUGAAUUGUCUUUCACAGUUGUUAUCCGGGAUUCACUGGAGAUAACUGCAGUCAACCUACCUGUACGUCACUUAACAAUUGUUCUGGUCACGGUGUGUGUAUAGAGGCCGAGCUCUGUAAAUGUGAACAGGGAUACAAUGGCAUAGACUGUAGUAACUACUCCUGUGAAACUCUAAAUUUUUGCUCUGGUAUGUUACGUAAGAUGUUUGUACUAAUUUUUUUGUUAAUAUGGCGAGCUUUCGCUGCUUACAUCAAGGUCACAUGAUAUCUAACAAUAAAAGACAUAAAACUGUUUCCCGCCAAAAGUCUCUGAGAGGGAAAUAAUGCAAAAGCUGUGACGUCACAGGCAGAGAUUUACAUGGCACUGUUACCCGUGAAUGUUGAUUGCCCGGUAAGAUUUACCUUACGUUCAUUAAUUUGUACACGCAGAAGAUAGUCCUGUAUGAGAUGACCUAAUUAUCAUAUUAUUAACAUCAUCAUUAUCGUUAUUAUUGUCAUCAUUACUGAUUAAACUGAGCACCCUUUCCCUAAAUUACCUGUUCAGUCAUGGUUGGGCCACCUUUGCAUUGUGGUUUCCCUCUUUUGCUUUUUAUAAUCGAUUGCUCCUAUUUAUGAAAGGCAAACAUGUUCCGAUACGUCCUCAACUAUUAUCGUGUCAGCAAGGUAAUCCACUUCGUGCACUGUUUUACACAGUCAGCUUUUUCGUUUUUUCGUGGCAGAGGGCACACCAGUCGGCUAUUGACAUGCACAACUAUACCCCAGAGGCUAAACCCUGAACUAUCAUAAAAUACCUAGGACAACUCGCGGCCGGAGCGGGGUUUGAACCCGCGGACUUCCAAGUUUUCAGUCCCACGCCUUGACCACUCUGUUAGUAGUAUACUAUGUUGAAACUUAACCGUUUUGGUGGAUUCCCUUUGGAUUCCCUCGCAAAAAGUGGAUUCCCUUUAUUAAUAUGUAUAAGUGUCUUCCUGCAUACUAAUUUUUUGACUUCCAUAUAUAAUGAAGUGGAUAGGUUUACUAAUGAGCGUCACUCUACUACAAUAGGAACAAUAGGCUUGCCUCGGCUUGCCCGUUAAGUACCUUGAACCCGGUUUUCAGACCGUCUAUUAAAAGGAAAAUAGGAAUAAGAGAAACGAUCACCUAGCAACGCGAGAAACGGCUUCCUAUAUCUUAUUAAGCGCUAAAACUCAGAUAUACAUAAACAAAACACAUACAGAAAGUGGAGUUGAAAAGUCUUUAUUUCAAUUAAGUUUACGUCUUCUUAUUUAGCGCUAAAACUCGGAUAUAUAAACAAAACAUACACCAAUUGGAGCUGAAAACUCUUUAUUUCAAGUUUGUCUGACAUUUUCUCCUUUCUAUCUCCAGAAAAUGAAAGUCAUGUCAUUUUCACGCACGGUUAAUCAGGUAAUUAUGCGAGUUGGCAAGCCUAAAGUUGAAUACAAAUUAGCUCUACGGGAAAGACCCAAGGGAGAGAAUCUUGACGUAUUAUUAUAAAACAAAUAACUUAACAAGGAUCAAUUAAAACACGCGACUCAUAAUUGCUAGCAAUAAAAACACAAAAGAGAUACCGUUUUAAAAAACUUUAUUAAAAAACAAUGACAAAAAGAGUCAAAUACAUAGGAAUGGAAAUUAAUUAAUCUCAUCUUCGCCCAUGGAGUACUUGUAAGGUUUGAAUUUCUUAUGCCGACGUUUCUUCAGCUGUUUGCCAUGAGAUUUAUGAUCAUCCAAAUAAUUUAAGAAAUUGAAUCUGACGCCUUUUGCGCUUCGGGCCUUGUUGUGAUGGGUUUUCUACUGUGGGAGGAGGGGUCAGGAAAGCAGGAUUUAAGGGUGGUGGAGGGGUGAGGCUUUCUUUGUCAGGUUUUUGAGAGAUAGCCGCUUGUGUUAAUUCAGGUGUUACAUUAAAGGGGUUGAGGGGAGUGGAGAAUGCUGUCGUUGCUGUCGAAGAAUCUUGUGUCCUUGAUGUUAAGUCUGAAACAGUACUGAUUAUUUCUUCCGGUCGUGUUCUUGUACUUAAUUGUUCUUUAAAAGCCAGGUAUCUGUUUUGCAACUGAACGUAUCGCUUAGCUUUUUCAUCGUCCCGAAGAUCGUUUCGAGAAAGCACGUCAUCCAUGUUGCCCUGUAUUUCUUGCAUAGCUGGAAGAAGUGGGACAAGCGAAAGAGUUUGCUGCUUCAGAUAUUUUAGGAACUCUUGAGGAAUAUUUUCUUGAAACCCUGCCUGGUUAAAGCCUUCUUCACUGGGCAGGACGUUUGUUCGCAACCGACAAUUAUCUUGGGUAGUAGUUUUCAGAUCAAUCAGAAGAUAACCAAAAGGUCUUUUUACAGCCUCUUCGUACUGAUUUAAAAAGAAAUCCGUCUGCACGGGAUACAUUUGCUUCGCUAGAGUCAAGAUUUGCAAUUUGUCUCGUGGAUUCUUGAAUAACACAAGAUAAUGGCUGUUUAGGCUUAUGCUGCGGCUACCUUUCCCCUGAUGAAAUAGAUUCUGCACGAUAUAAAUCACGCUCAGAUUGCGAUGAUGAGAACCACGAGUAAAGAGGUUCACAAUUCGCUUGUCUUUACUGGCGUCAACCAUCAAACACGAUCAAAUUCCGUUUGUUCACAUCGAAAAAGGAAUCCUUCUCCAAAGCCGUAGGAAUUCCUUUGACGAAUUCAAUGUUUGGCAUGGCGACUAACAUUUGUGUAUACGCAGGCUGCCAUUGUGAAUAACACCAAACGAUCCGCUCCGGGGGAGGGUAAAUGGUCUCUGAAGCUUGUUGCAAUAGCGAUCGAACCCAGACCGUUUUUCCGGACCCGGUCAUUCCGGCAAUCAUGGAGGUGAAAGGAUGCUCGAAGCGAAACCGCUGACAUUUCUGUGAAAAUAUUGGAGCUGUUUGAAAUGGGGUGAGACCAGCAUUGCGGUGUUUAGACAUCACGUGCCUUUGCAUACUAUCUUUUCUACUAAAGGAUUUUUCGCAGACAGAACAGAACCAACUCAUGUCAACUCCUCAGGAGCAAAAUGUAGACUGAGAAAGAGGUAGAAUGUUGAGCAUUUAUAUAGGUUUUUAGGCCACAAGAUUCUACUGUUUUCCUCCCCCAAGACCACCACUACCACCACCACCACAUUUCUAUUGUUUUCUUUCCACCACCACCACCACCGGCACCACAUUUCUAUUGUUUUCCGUCCGCCCCCACCACCACCCCCACCACAUUUCUGUUGUUUUCCCUUCACCAGGUUCUAUAAAAGACUACCAACUGCCAUUCUUAGUUCAUUUUGUAGCAUGUCUCGUGUAGUGAACAACAAUCGUGGUUUUCUUCAGCUGUUAGCUGCUUGCCCCGCUUAUCAGCGCCAGUUUCUUUUACAGGCAUCUACACCACAGCAACUUCAUGCACUAGUCCAAGUCUUAUACAAUUUACUCAUGGGACACAUUCCUAUCUCCGAAGAAAAUAAGCGGGUAUUGCUGCCAUAUAAGGAUGCUUUACUUAACCUGGCCAGUCCAAAUGCCCUUUCAAAACAAAGAAGCGAGUCCUUGUUCAAGAGGGUAGUUGUUUUAUUGAAGAUGUAUUAGCCCCUGUCGUUUCAAGCUUAGGAUUUCUAAUGCUAUAAAAGAGGUGACACAUCGCUAGGUUGAUCAUUCGAAGCUAAGUCUGUCACGGGUGCUCAUCAAAAAUGAAGAGAAAGAUAGAUUUGGUUGAAGAAGAAGAAGAAGAAGAAGAAGAUCACGAGAGUGAACAUGAAGAAAGCGAAAGUUUUGGUAAUGAAAGCGAGGAUGAAGAACCAAGACUGAAAGAAGAACCGAGAAUAAAAGAUGUUUUGAGUCAUCUUUCCCGAGCAGUGCCGGAAAAGCGUGCUUCUGAUUUGCUGCAUAGUAUGGCUGCGUCCAAAGAUAUUCUUUUCUGGACCCCCAGCGGACAAUUACUUCGAAAUAAACGCACUAUUCCCGUCACAAACAUCGCUGAGCUAGUUGAGUAUGUGUUACUCCCUCAUAACAAUGAGGUUACCAAGCCUCGUGCGCUGAAUACGUUUCUAGAUGGACUUGCAGAGUUAGGAAUCGAUAAAGGUUUAAUCAAGAACAAAAAGUUGUUAAGUGAUUUAAUAGAAAAGGAAAAAGGCUACCAAAAUGUAGAAAAUACUUCCGAUAACGAGAGUAAUAAUGAGGAGAGUUCAUCGGAUAUUGAAAAUCAGGAGGAGGAGGAGGAAGUGGCUUCUGAGAAUGGCGUUGAAGCGGAAGACACCCAAGAGAGCGACAACGACACUGACAACGACAGUCAGGAGAUAGAAAGUAGUAACCCUGAAACGUCCACCACCUUUCACUCCAAAAGUCCCUGUGAACACUGCGAAAACUCUAAUGUGUACGGGACAUUGAUCAUGAAAUGUCCUAAAUGCCUUUGGCACGAUUACUACAAGAUUUGUCCUAUAUGCGAGGGGAGACAUUACAUGAAAGAGGGCUUUCUUCGGUGUCACGAUUGCGGAGCAGUAACACACAAAAACGCGAAGACGUUGGAGACUAAUUUCUAUUCCCCUUCUACAGAGGAGAACGAAGAUGAAGAUUAAUUAAUUUCCAUUCCUGUGUAUUUGACUCUUUUUGCCAUUGUUUUUUAAUAAAGUUUUUUAAAACGGUAUCUCUCUUGUGUUUUUAUUGCUAGCAAUUAUGAGUCGCGUGUUUUAAUUGAUCCUUGUUAAGUUAUUUGUUUUAUAAUAAUACGUCAAGAUUCUCUCCCUUGGGUCUUUCCCGUAGAGCUAAUUUGUAUUCAACUUUAGGCUUGCCAACUCGCAUAAUUACCUGAUUAACCGUGCUUGAAAAUGACAAGACUUUCAUUUCCUCGAGAUAGAAAGGAGAAAAUGUCAGACAAACUUGAAAUAAAGAGUUUUCAGCUCCAAUUGGUGUAUGUUUUGUUUAUAUAUCCGAGUUUUAGCGCUAAAUAAGAAGACGUAAACUUUAUUGAAAUAAAGACUUUUCAACUCCACUUUCUGUAUGUGUUUUGUUUAUGUAUAUCUGAGUUUUAGCGCUAAAUAAGAUAUAGGAAGCCGUUUCUCGCGUUGCUAGGUGAUCGCUUCUCUUAUUCCUAUUUUCCUUUUAAUAGACGGUCUGAAAACCGGGUUCAAGUUCCUUAACGGGCAAGCCGAGGCAAGUCUAUUGUUCCUAUUGUAGUAGAGUGACGCUCAUUAGUAAACCUAUCCACUUCAUUAUAUAUGGAAGUCAAAAAAUUAGUAUGCAGGAAGACACUUAUACAUAUUAAUAAAGGGAAUCCACUUUUUGCGAGGGAAUCCAAAGGGAAUCCACCAAAACGGUUAAGUUUCAACAUAGUCCACUACUUCUGUUACGCGGCCGCCGCUGGUGUUACUUGAUGCCGCAAGACAUGACUUUUAGUUACAUAUCUUAGCUUAUAACGACAGUAAUUAUAAUUGUCGCCCAUUUAGACUUCUAGCUCGUAAUUAAAAUCGAGGAGAGCUGAGCAGUCGCCUUUGUUACCCCAGUGUAUGUGUAUACUAGACCUAAGCAAUUAUAAUUAUUUUUCUAGGUAACGGUCAGUGUAUUGGAUAUGAUGUGUGCAACUGCAACUCUUCGUGGUCAGGUCCAGCAUGCAGCAUCCCUGAUUGUAGUGGAGUUAAGAACUGUUCUGGACAAGGACAAUGUUUUCUUGUGAACAAGUGCGCCUGUUAUCCAGCUUUCGAUGGCGAGUACUGCGAUCAAAAGGCGAAAACAAACAUCAACCCACCCACCUUUAAUCAAGAGCUUUAUAACGCGACCAUUAAAGAAAACGCUCCCCCUGGAACACUGAUUUUGCACAUACAUGCUAAUGACACUGAUGACGGCAGAAAUGGAGAGAUAUUUUAUUGGCUUCUUGGCGAAAGAAGCGUUGAGAACCUUGUUGCUGUUGACGGAGCAAGUGGAAAAGUUUUUAAUCUGUUACCGUUUGAUUUAGAGAUGGGGCACCCCCAUAUAUUCAAUAUGACGCUUUUGGCUUCGGACAAUGGCUUCCCGCAGAAAUGGAGCAUGACCAUUGUACAGCUAACGGUAACGGACGAAAACGAUAAUUGUCCGAUAUUUGUCGAGCCAUCAGGAAAUCUUCGGCUUGAUGUCGUUGGCAUAAAACCGGGAAGUAUUCUUACUAAAGUUUCGGCCACAGACCUGGAGAGUGGCGUGAACGGCGACAUAUCGUACAGCCUAUCAAAUAAUGAUACCUUCAACAUUGAUUCGAUAACUGGUGUGAUCAUGGUAACUUCUAAUCCAACGAGGGAAGAAUAUUACCUCUUAGUUGGUGCAGCUGAUAAGGGUGAAAUAUCCUGCUUGACGGAAAUACAGUUGACAGUAAGGGUUAUCAAUUCAGCUACAACGACACCGCCAACCAAACCAUAUCGCUCUUCCAUCCAAAAAUCACGAACCUCGUCUAUUUCAUCUGAGGUAGCCAAUACCUACAGUACCCCUGAGGUCUCGUCAGUGAAGAGUACAGGUGAUUACAGUACCUCUGAGGUCUCGUCAGUGAAGGACACGGGUGAUUACAGUACCUCUGAGGUCUCGUCAGUGAAGCACACGGGUAAUCAUGACAGUACCUCUGAGGUCUCAUCAGUGAAGCACACGGGUAAUUAUGAUUUUUAGCACUUUAAAUUCAGAUAGCUAGCUGGAACUCGUCAUUCUUCAAAACACCUCACUGCAGCAGAAUAUUUCAUAUUAUUUCCAGCCCACCAUGACAGAGAAUUUGUGACUCUGGGACACCUACAAAAAAAUUUUACUUUUUACUGACUGUGGAAAGAAGAAGAAGAAAAAGAAUUCAUCUUGCUCUUUUAAUGCUUGCAGGUUUCUAACAUGUUGUGAGAAAAACGUGAGCGGAAUUAGAGCAAAAAGAAAAAAGCCUAGAUAUUGGCUUAACUUGUUGGCAUAUAUAGUUUCUAAGGCUGUAUAUAUAAUAUACGCAAACAGGUCUUGGGGUAUAUAGAUUCGUCGGGGUAGUAAAGGGCUUUUUCAGGGUCUCAAUGGUGUGGAGACAUUUACGGUUAAUUAACAGUUGAUAUUUUCUCUUUUCCACGGCCAACAGUUAAUUUAUCUGCGUUACUGUUAAAAGACUUCUGAAAAAGAAAAAUCAAUAACUUUCAAAAGUCUCCAUCGUUAAGGCUUCCAAGAAACUCUGUGGAAUAAAAAAAAGAGAGAGAAAAAAGGAUGAAAUAGCUCCAUCAGGAAAGAGAUAAGACACGCAAAGUAAUAACAAGCAAUAUUGACACUCUCUACAUGACAACUGUUUUUGGUAGAAUUUUUUCACGGUGAACAUAAUUUUACCACUAACGGUUAAAUAUUUCCGUUUUUUACGCCUAACGACUUAAAGUUUUCGAUCGUUUUACGGUUGACGGUUACUCCUAUCGAAACCCUGCUUUGAUGGUGGAAAUCAGUAUGUAACAGCCUAAAUAAGAACUAGGCUCUUAUGAUAACGUUUCACAUCGUGCCUCUUCCAUCUUCUCUAUACAGGCACCGAACCGACACCUGGUUUAUCGACCAUACCAAGGGAAGCCGCAUUGGUUCCCCAGAAAGGUCCAAAUUAUGUUGUCAUCGGCGUGUCUGCUUCUGGAGGGUUGCUUGUUUUAGUGAUCGUGGCACUUUUAUUGAAGAAGUUUGUUUGUAAUAACAGUCGUCCCGUAGCCGUCCGAUUUUCGGGAAGUGGUCGAGUGAAACCAAGCUUCCAGCCUGAUUUCGAGAUGUCCUAUUUUUCUAGGAAGAUUUAA